AUGGGUAUACUAUUUACUCCAGAAAAUGAUGAUCCAUAUGCUAAUAUUCCAAGUCAUAAGGCAUUUACUCAUGCGUAUCUUUCGACAGUUACUGCAGACUUUGGUGAGGACAACUUCCUGACAUGCCCAAUUGGUUUACUUUUCACACUCGGUAUCCUGUUGGGUUCUGGUGGUGCUCAAGGUAGAACAGGUUAUCAAAUUGGAAAAACAAUGAGACUAAAAUCGACAUCUUCUUCAUGGAAUUCUUCGGAAGCUCAACAAGAAAUGAAAUCAAUAUAUCAAGAGCUUAAUAACUCGCUCACUUCAGAAAAAACAUUUUUAAAUGAGAAAGAAGAAAAUGUUGUUAGAAUAUCAACAGGUAUAUUUGUACAAAAAACGUACGAAGUUGAAAGACGUUUUACCGAAACUAUUGCAAAUGAUUUUGAAGGAGAAUUGAAACAGGUGGAUUUUUCUAAUGGAACUAGUGCUACAGUUGAUAUCAAUGAUUGGGUUGAUCAACAGUCUAAUGGUUUAUUGGAGAAAUUCUUUACAGAUGAUAUUCCAGAUGACACUGUGAUGAUACUGGUAAAUGUUUUCUACUUUAGAGAUUUUUGGCAAAGUCCAUUUGAGCCUCAUUACACUAGAAAGGAGGAUUUUUAUAUUUCACCAGAUCGUCAAAUAACAGUUGAUAUGAUGACUCAAGAAGGAGUAAUGAAAUAUGGAAAAUUCGAAGAUGAAGGAUUUGAGAUCGUCAGUAAACCAUUAAAUAACACACGUUUCACAUUUGUUAUCGUGUUACCUCUUGAAAAGUGGUCGUUAAAUGGUGCCACAGAACUUUUGAAUGGCAAUAAAGUUUUAAGUGAAUACGUGAAGAAUUUGAAAGAAACUACAGUGUCAUUACGAUUACCGAAAUUUACAUUGAAAAAUACACUUGACCUUGUGCCAACAUUAAAGUCUAUCGGUGUUGUCGAUUUGUUUGAUCCAGUAAAAUCUGAUCUGUCAGGAAUCACACCUAAUCACAAUGUAUAUGUGAAUGAAUUUAUUCAAACAAAUGUAUUAAAAUUAAAUGAAAGUGGAAUUGAAGCAACCACUGUAACCUCACCUAUAUUUGUGCCUAUUUCAGCCAUUAUACCAGAAGUAGACUUUCAUGUAACUCAUCCAUUUAUAUGCUUUAUAUAUGAUCAACAAUUAACAAUGCCGAUAAUGGCAGCCAAAGUAAUGAAUCCAAUUUUACAAUCGUAG